AUGUAUGUGAAAUGGUUUGAUACAGUAAUGUUUUACUAUGUGAUUUUAGUGAUUUUAGUGAAUGUCACUUUUUGUCAUUUUCAAAUUUCCCACCGUUCCGUCCCCCGUACGUCCUGACGCUCGCAGGGGACGGAACCCAGAAGACAGAUGGGUCGGAUUACAUCGCCGGGGACACUGCAGGAGGGACAUCGUGGGAGCGCAGGACAGGGGAAGUGCAGAAGGGAUCCCGGAGAAAUGCUGCAGUGUAUUCCCAAGUGUAGCUCGGGGUUACAGCUUAUGCUACACAGGGAAUACCGCCAGGGAGGUUAAA